CUUGGCAAAGGAACAACUAUGAUGAAAGUGCCUGGUUGAGGAGGAAUGUAGAUGGAUGCUGUACGAGUCGUCUAUGUGGAUACAGCGUUCAGCUCCGCAUGAACUAUGUUCUACUCAUAUCACGAUAUUUCCAACAUAAAUACCAGUAGUUCGAAUAAGCUAGUUGCCAGCCUGUAUGAAGCAGUCCGCCUCAAUGAUUCAGAGCGACUUCAGACCCUCCUCAAGAGCAACAAGACUCAUAAUGACCAGGAGCACAUGUCCAUGGCCCUCCACAUGGCGGCUCAGAGGGGACAUGUCGAGUGCGGCAGUACCUUGAUCCAAGCUGGGGUCAAUCCAGAUGCCCAUAAUUCAGGUGGUUACACUGCCCUCAUCCUUGCCGCCCGGCAUGGACAUGCGGACUUCAUCAAGCUGUUGGUGAAGGAGAACUGUAACUUGCAGAAGACUGUCUACCAGACUGGAGCAAAUGCUCUGCACUGGGCUGCUUCGUGUGGUAAAAUGGACUGUGCUCGUGUCCUGAUUGAAGCAGGUUGCAAAGUUGAUGCCAAAUCGCUCCAUGGCUGGACGCCUCUAAUGGUUGCUGCCUCUAAUGACGAGAUCAGCUUGGUCAAUCUGCUUUUGGACAACGGGGCAGAUCCUGAGGCAAGAGAUAUCUACAAGGGGACCGCUCUGCAUAUUGCAGCAUCUGAGGGAGCUCUGAUUUCAGUGGAGGAUCUCCUUUCCCUAGGCAUAGACGUCAACAUCAAGGAUAAAUUCGGCAAGACCCCGCUCCACAAUGCUGCAAGACAUUGCCAGGAUAAGGCCAUUUCAAUCCUGAUCAAGGAAAAAUGUGACGUCAAUGUCACGGAUACUAAAGGACUGACUCCACUGCAUUAUAGUGCCCUGUACGAUAACCCUGCUUGCGCCCGGGAACUUUUAAACGGUGGCGCAGAUCCGAAAGUCACGGUGAACAAAACUUGUCAGACACGGGAGGAUGUACAUGUACAAAAAGGGACAACAGCACUUAUGAUCGCGUGCGAGAGAAAUGCGGGUUCUGUCGUGAGAAUUUUGUUUGAAUACCCCGAGACUCUGAAAGUCUUAGAUGCGAAAGACUCAGAUGGGAGGACAGCGUUACAGCACGCUUGUUCAAAUGGUCACUGUCGGUGUAUCAGUGUGCUCCUUGACGCUGGGGCAGACCCAGAUGGAGUAGACACCGAUGGACCCAACUGUGACAAGUCUCCACUGAAUUUAGCAAUUUCUAGUAAAAGUUUCGAAGCAGUGAAAACUCUAGUUCUCGGCAACUGCUCGAUUAGUGAAUCAAACAUUCUGAACGCGAUGUACGCCGAGGAUUUAGAAAUGGCAAAACUUCUCAUCAUGGCUCAGCAAGGUGCGUUAUCGUCGAGUUUUCUUGUGAGCGCAUCAUGUGAUCCGUCUUGCAUGUAUCAGGAUAACAUCUACGACUUCUUGUCUUGGGCGGAGUCGUUCAUUCACGCGAGGACCCUGUUGCAUACUUGUAGAUGCUUUGUGAGAAAUUUGAUAGGUUCUCGGAACAUUUCUAAGAUGAGUGAGCUACCCCUGCCUGGUCAAGUCAUCCAGUAUGUUGGUUUUAGAGAUUUGAAUGAUUUGAACGGUUGA